CCACCAGCCCCCACUCCCCUCCCAGAGCUGGGGAGAGAACCCAGGCAUCCGGGCUGCACCUUCAUCCUCCCUCUCUCUGCCCCUGCUCAGGCCUGUCGGACAAUGCGGCCGACCUGGAGAAGCGGCGGCAGAUCUAUGGCCAGAACUUCAUCCCGCCCAAGCAGCCCAAGACCUUCCUGCAGCUGGUGUGGGAGGCUCUGCAGGACGUGACCCUGAUCAUCCUGGAGAUCGCAGCCAUCAUCUCCCUGGGGCUGUCCUUCUACGCCCCACCGGGAGAGGAGACCGAAGCCUGUGGGAAUCUGGCCGCGGGGGCGGAGGACGAGGGCGAGUCGGAGGCCGGCUGGAUCGAGGGGGCGGCCAUCCUGCUCUCCGUCAUCUGUGUGGUGCUGGUCACGGCCUUCAACGACUGGAGCAAGGAGAAGCAGUUCCGGGGGCUCCAGAGCCGCAUCGAGCAGGAGCAGAAAUUCGCCGUCGUCCGCAACGGGCAGCAGAUCCAGAUCCCCGUGGCCGAGCUGGUGGUGGGAGACAUCGCCCAGAUCAAAUACGGCGACCUGCUCCCCGCUGACGGGGUUCUGAUCCAGGGGAACGACCUGAAGAUUGACGAGAGCUCCCUGACCGGGGAAUCAGACCAUGUGCGGAAAUCCGUGGAGAAAGAUCCCAUGCUGCUCUCAGGCACCCACGUCAUGGAAGGCUCGGGGCGGAUGGUCGUCACGGCCGUCGGGGUGAACUCCCAGACUGGGAUUAUCUUCACCUUGCUGGGAGCCAGUGGGGAGGAAGAGGAGAAGAAGGAUAAGAAAGGGAAGCCCCAGGACGGUGUGGUGGAGAAUAUUCAGAACAAAGCCAAGAAGCAGGACGGCGCGGUGGCCAUGGAGAUGCAGCCGCUGAAGAGCGCCGAGGGCGGGGAGAUGGAGGAUCGGGAGAAGAAGAAAACCAGCACGCCCAAGAAAGAGAAAUCUGUGCUGCAGGGCAAGCUCACCAAACUGGCUGUGCAGAUUGGGAAAGCAGGUCUGGUGAUGUCGGCCAUCACCGUGAUCAUCCUGGUACUGUACUUCGUGAUCCAGACCUUCGUGUUGGACGGGCGGGUCUGGCUGGCCGAGUGCACCCCCGUCUAUGUCCAGUACUUCGUCAAGUUCUUCAUCAUCGGCGUCACCGUGCUGGUGGUGGCCGUGCCCGAGGGGCUGCCCUUGGCCGUCACCAUCUCCCUGGCCUACUCCGUCAAGAAAAUGAUGAAGGACAAUAACCUGGUACGGCACCUGGACGCCUGCGAAACCAUGGGCAACGCCACGGCCAUCUGCUCCGACAAGACCGGCACCCUCACCACCAACCGCAUGACGGUCGUGCAGGCCUACCUGGGCGACACCCACUACCGCCAGAUGCCCGAGCCCGGCAGCCUGACGCCCCGCAUCCUCGACCUGCUGGUGCACUCCAUCGCCAUCAACAGUGCCUAUACCACCAAGAUACUACCUCCAGAGAAGGACGGGGGCCUGCCGCGGCAGGUAGGCAACAAGACGGAGUGCGCCCUGCUGGGCUUCUUGCUGGAGCUGCACCGCGACUACCAGCCCGUGCGCGACCAGCUGCCCGAGGAGAAGCUCUACAAGGUCUAUACCUUCAACUCGGUCCGCAAGUCCAUGAGCACCGUCACCCGCCUGCCCCAGGGCGGCUUCCGCGUCUUCAGCAAGGGCGCCUCCGAGAUCCUGCUCAAAAAGUGCUCCAGCAUCCUGAGCAGCAGUGGGGAGCUGCGCAGCUUCCACCCGCGGGACCGGGACGAGAUGGUGAAGAGGGUGAUAGAGCCCAUGGCGUGCGAGGGGCUGCGCACCAUCUGCCUGGCCUUCCGGGACUUCGCCGCCGGCCCGGAGCCCGACUGGGAGAACGAGAACGACAUCGUGGGCGAGCUCACCUGCAUCGCCGUGGUCGGCAUCGAGGACCCUGUCCGGCCCGAGGUUCCCGAGGCCAUCCGCAAAUGCCAGAAGGCCGGGAUCACCGUCCGGAUGGUGACGGGUGACAACAUCAACACGGCCCGGGCCAUCGCCGCCAAGUGUGGGAUCCUCCAGCCCGGGGAGGACUUCCUGUGUCUGGAGGGGAAGGAGUUCAACCGGCGUAUCCGCAACGAGAAGGGAGAGAUCGAGCAGGAGCGACUGGAUAAGAUCUGGCCCAAGCUGAGGGUCCUGGCCCGGUCGUCCCCCACCGACAAACACACCCUGGUGAAAGGCAUCAUCGACAGCACCAUCGGGGAGCAGCGCCAGGUCGUGGCCGUGACGGGGGACGGCACCAACGACGGGCCGGCGCUCAAGAAGGCCGACGUCGGCUUUGCUAUGGGCAUCGCGGGCACCGACGUCGCCAAGGAGGCCUCGGACAUCAUCCUGACCGACGACAACUUCUCCAGCAUCGUCAAGGCGGUGAUGUGGGGCCGGAACGUGUACGACAGCAUCUCCAAGUUCCUGCAGUUCCAGCUCACCGUCAACGUGGUGGCCGUGGUGGUGGCCUUCACCGGCGCCUGCAUCACCCAGGACUCCCCGCUCAAGGCGGUGCAGAUGCUGUGGGUCAAUCUCAUCAUGGACACGUUCGCCUCCCUGGCGCUGGCCACCGAGCCGCCCAACGAGUCGCUGCUGCUCCGCAAGCCCUACGGGCGCAACAAGCCCCUCAUCUCCCGCACCAUGAUGAAGAACAUCCUAGGCCACGGCGUCUACCAGCUCAGCAUCAUCUUCACCCUCCUCUUCGCGGGGGAGAUUAUCUUCGAGAUCGACAGCGGGCGGAACGCCCCCCUGCACGCGCCCCCAUCGGAGCAUUACACCAUCAUCUUCAACACCUUCGUCCUGAUGCAGCUUUUCAACGAGGUGAAUGCCCGCAAGAUCCACGGCGAGCGGAACGUCUUCCAGGGCGUCUUCGGGAACCCCAUCUUCUGCGCCAUCGUCCUGGGCACCUUCGGCAUCCAGAUCGUCAUCGUGCAGUUCGGGGGGAAGCCGUUCAGCUGCUCGCCCCUCAACGCCGAGCAGUGGCUCUGGUGCCUCUUCGUGGGCGUCGGCGAGCUCCUGUGGGGACAGGUGAUCGCCACCAUCCCCACCAGCCACCUGAAAUGCCUGAAGGAGGCGGGGCACGGUCCCGGCAAGGACGAGAUCACAGAUGAGGAGAUGGCGGAGGACGAGGAGGAGAUAGACCACGCCGAGCGGGAGCUGCGCCGAGGCCAGAUCCUCUGGUUCCGUGGCCUCAACCGCAUCCAGACCCAGAUGGAAGUAGUUAGCACCUUCAAGAGAAGCGGCUCCUUUCAGGGGGCCGUGCGGCGCCGCUCCUCGGUCCUCAGCCAGCUGCACGAAGUAACCAAUCUUUCUACCCCUACUCACAUCCGCGUAGUGAAAGCGUUCCGUAGCUCGCUCUACGAAGGGCUGGAGAAGCCGGACUCCAAGACCUCGAUCCACAACUUCAUGACCACCCCGGAGUUCCUGCUGAACGACUACACCCACAACAUCCCCCUGAUCGACGACACCGACGUGGAGGAGAGCGAGGCGGCCCGCCGGCCCCCCAGCCCCCCGCCCACCCCCAACAAGAACAACAACGCCAUCGACAGCGGCGUCUACCUGGCCACUGACGACGGCUCCAAGUCUCCUACCUCCGCCGGCCCCGCCAGCCCGCUCCACAGCAUGGAAACGUCCCUCUAACGCCCCGGGAGGCUGGCCCCACGGCACGGGGGCAGGAAAUCCAGCAGCCAGAGGAACAGAGGGGCCCGGGCUCCUUCGGCUUGUCGGAGUGUGAACUGGCUGCGGACAGAGCUGGAGCUGGGAGCGGCCCCCAUUUCUCUGGGGAGCCUCAGCCCCAGGCGGGUGCCCCAGGGCGCGCCAGCCCAGGCAGACUCUUUGUGGUGCUGGAGCCGGCCGGGAAGGACCCACUGCGGACGGGGCGAGGGCCCAUUUAGCGAUCUAUAGCCUCAAUAUAUAUACGAUACCGACUGACUGUCUUACGGGACUGACCGUCGCAUGCCGGCCCCACAUGCUACUUACCACCACCACCACCCAGCAUCCCCCUCUCCCCCCGGGGCAAAUUGUCAGCCCAAGCGGUGGCGGGGGAGAUUGUGCGUUUCGGUUUGUUUGUUUUUUAAAGUUGUCGGGCGCUGGAGCCGGUGUUUAACAAGGGCUUGGUCGUGAAAACAUGGCGGGAGGAUUGCGGGAGGGGACUGUCACACUGGACCCCACCCGGACCCCCAACCAAGAGCAGGGCCCCAGGUUUGCCACGUAACUCCCCCAACCCAGAUGGGAGACGCCCGUCACGCCGGGCGCUGCGCAGAUACUGGGUGAGAGGCAGUCCCCCCCCCAAAUGCUGUAUGUCUCGGUCAGUGUUAAGCUCCCCCCUCCCCUGUACUGCUGGUGGGGAGAUGCUACAGCCCGGGAGGGGGCCUGUGUGCUGCAGAGGGGGAGGGGCAUCCGCUCUGGUUCCCAACGCCCCACCUGCGGCACUGCCCGGCACCCAGGGCCCGCCCCUGCCCUCUGUGCCCCCAGCCUCCUCGGGGCACCUCCCAGUCCCCAUGGAGAUUUGGGGUGGCAGAGGAGCAGCCCCUCAGCUGCCCUUGGGGGUGGAUGGAGCUGCCCCAUUCACACCAGCUAGGGCUGGCCCUCAGGUGUUACUUACAGACCUUCAGCUCCCCCACCUGAGGCUGGGAGCCCGGACUCCUGGGUUCUCUCCCCGGCUCUGGGAGGGGACUGGUGUGUAGUGGUUAGAGCAGCAGGGACUGGGAGCCCGGACUCCUGGGUUCUCUCCCCAGCUCUGGGAGGGAAGUGGGGUCUGGUGGUCAGAGCAGGGGGGGCUGGGAGCCAGGACUCCUGGGUUCUACCCCUGGCUCUGGUAGGGCAAGUACCUGCUACUGCCUCAAUUUCCCCUUCUGGCACAAUCCUUCUCAAAAGCCGUGUGUGGGAGGCGGGGGCGGGGGUCCCAUAUUUCCUGUGAGGCCCCUUUCCUGUUUCCACACCUAACCCCGCGUCCAACCACCAGCGCCAGCGCUCUCAAAAGCCAUGGGUAACCCCCACCCCGGCGAGGACCGUUCUUCCGCCCUCCAGCCCAGCCCCCUCGACUCCCCGGGGGGGGUGAAUCCAGGAAAUCUCACCUCCCUCCAUCCAGCUUGUUCUCAUUCAAUAUUGUAGAUAUAUUGAUAGACCGGGGCGGGGGAGGGGGGAAUAUAUAGAUAUAUAUUUAAAAAAAAAAAAACUUUAACAACCCAACACUCCCCGCUCACUUUUCAGCCGUGAAAACCUCGCUGGGGCUAACCACACCCAGGCGGGGGAUCCGUUCUGGUUUCUUCCCUUUCUCCAGCCGGGGACACACACAGACUGCUUUGGGGUUUUUUUUAAGGAACAAACAAAAAUCAAUUCAAGGUUUCUAUGGGUGUCCCCGCCCCCACCUCUCCCCAGUGUGGGGGCGGAUUUCGGACUGAAAUUGUGACCCCCGCACCCCACCAUGCCCAUUUCUGGAUCAAAGCAUAUAACUCAACUGAAUGGCUCGAUCAAGUUUGUUCAUAUUAUUAAAAAUUAAUAAAAUAACUCACCCGGA